UAAAAGUAACGCGGCUGUGAGAAACAACUCCUCUAGUCUCGGCUCAUCAGUUAUUAAGCUCUGAUGGAGGCUACAUGUUCAUAUGGCCGUGUUACAGGUGGAGGAAGGCUCUAUGGAGCGUUCUUGAAGGAAUUUAAACUGCGCAAUUCUUCCUCAUUAGCUCAUACACACAAAGAUCGGGUUUCAGCUCAUAUCGCAGCUGUCCAGCAUCUGGGAUUUUUCCUUCACCCUUGCAGUGGGAUGGCAAAUGAUGUCACAAAUGCUGAUGCAUCUGCAGCCAGUAGAAAAGGGCCAUUGGUACCAGUUUGUGAAGAGCUUCUUCCUGAUUGAGCUCAGGGAGAUGAACAGCUUGGAGAGCCAAUCAUCAUGGAGAAGAGAAAAGCUCAAAUUGAAAGCGAGGGAAAGUGUAGUGAUCUCUGUUGAGAUCUGCAGUGGAGGGAUUCUCAGACUCAUCAGUGUGGCUGAAUGUAUCACAUAGCAGAGCAGUAUUCUGGACUCAACUCGUGGGAUUCCUUCCCCUCUUCUGGGCCGAAUCGAGCACCAUGGGCCCCAGGCAGCAACCGGCACUGGGCCUCUACAUCCAGGUGCAGUGGAGGGAACUAUCAAUCCCCAUCCCAAAACUACACAGCAGGAAGAAGCUACCCAAAUAAAGCUUAUAACAACAGACCGCCAGGUUUCAGCAGGGACAGGCCCCACACACACCCCAGAGACAGAGGCAUUGGAAAAGAGCAAAGGGUCCCGAGGGGCUGCGGACCAACACAGAGCCAGCACCAUAAUCCAGUGCGCCCCACCCUAAACUACAGCUCAGGGUGUGGAGGACACCUCUCUAGCAGCAACAAUCACAGCAGCCAGCCACACAGGUAUGGGGGUCCACAUCAGCAGCAGCGUUCCACUGGGCGUCCCCCACAGACCCAGGGAGACAAAUGGACACAGUCAACUCAGUCCAGGACAUACCAAGGGCCCUCUCUCAAACGUCCAGCACCUCCUCACAAUAUGUCACCACCACACUGGGAUCCAUCCCCUUCACGAGACGACUGUCCCAGCAAGAGAAGCAGGAGCAUCAGUUCACAUCAGAAUUUCCACCUGAGAGAGAAAUAUUUCAUCAACCGUCCACCUCCAUCACAUCCACCUUGGCCAUGGAGCCCAGCAUACAAAAGCUCAAUGCACUGGAGCCUGUCUGAGAAGAGGUCCUCCCCCUCUCGAUUUCAGGAGUCCAGUCAUUACGUCAUGAGAGAUCACAGACCAUAUUCCAUCCCAUCACCAUCCAACAGUGCCCCAAGCCAGGGCCUCCACAGCAAGAAACCCACCAAACAGGGGCAACCCAAUCAUCCGGUCCGAGAUCAUCCAGGCCCCCAUCCCCGUGGGGCCAAAGGGGGCUGGGAUUGCCCAUCACCAGCAAACCUCACCAGUGUGCCUUACAGUCAGCAGCACCAGCUCCCUCCACCACAGAGGCACACCGGCCCCUUCAGCAGCCCAGCCACCUCAGUACCUCAGCCCAGAUUCAACACAGCACAGCCUGGCUGGAAAACACAGAGCCGCUCGGGAAAACAUGGCAGUAGUGAGAUGGGGCGUACCACCUCUGGCCUGGAAUCUCAAGAGUCUGUGGGUGGGGACAGAAAACAGCCAAGCGCAUCUAAACAUAUUAGCCGCCAACGGAGUCCCAUCCAGUCGUACAGCAGUGCAGAGGGUAGAGUUACAGAUUGUUCAGAAUGGAGGAGCCCAGAGACUGGGUUAAAGAAACACAAUCAGAGAGACUCAGACUCCCCUUCUUUACCCGGCACUCAAACCUCAGACAGAGGUCAGAGGGCACAGAAGUCAGAAAUGAAGAAGAGCAGCCACUCUAAACACCAGACUGGGUUCAAAUCCACCCACAAGAGCUGCCUCAGCAAGCUGGACACUGAACUCUUGAAACACAUUCAGGCCAAGAGGAGGCACAAGGAGCGUUCAAGGAGGGAGAAAAAGAAGGAAGCAGAGCUGUUAGACACAAGAGAACGGAUGGAGAAAAAAAUGGAGGACAGGAAAAAGAAAAAGAUGAGGGACGGAAGAAAGGGGCAUGAUAAGAAGAACAUAUACCAAAAUGGCCGACAGUUGGGACAGAUAACAAGAAGAGCAAAGGAGGAGAGGAAAAAAGGAAUGUAUGAAGACAGGAAGAGUGAGACGCCUUCGAAAUCAGCAUCUCCCAAUUUAGGAACAUUGUAUCCCAGUGAUUCUGAACCUCUCCUGGAUGACCUACUGUUUGAGCCACUUCAUCUCAAUCACAGAGAGGAAGAGUUCUCUCGACAUACCUCAGGGUUCAUCCCACCGUCUACAUCCCCUCCUGUCAGUAAUAACCAUUGUUCUCCAUGCCAGUCAACCCAUGAAGCCAAUACUAAAGCCUUAGAGGUUGACGACCAAUCAGAAUCUUCUGAGCCUGACCAUGUAGACACUAGUGAUGAUGACAGUGUAGAAGCCCAUGAUGUUGGUAGGUCCAAACUUACUCUUCCCGAUAAGCAGAGGAGUUGUGAGGAAGAAACCAUCAGAAGUAAAGAGGGUAUUUUAGGGUUGAUUAGUGCCCCAGACCUCCUCCCGGCUCACUGCACCUAUAGUGAGGAGCUCCUAAGGCUGGACCCACCAACAAGCCCACCUGUUCUGAGCUGGCAGGGCUCUCCAGUGUCGGACUUAGGUGAUGAUGAUGAGGAAGGGAAAGAGGGAGAUAUGAUUAGAGUACUGAGGAGGCCAGUGCUACAACCUAGUCCAACACACUCAUCUCCACUAAGAGAUCCAGUGGAGAUCAACACUGGAGCCGACUAUUGCCACAGUGACCUGGCCAAACUGUACGGUCUUCCUGAGUCCUCUAAAGCAAUGGACACUGAGGAAGAAGAUGAAGAAAAUAGAGAAGGAGAGCAGAAAUAUAGUAGUCCUGAUGCAUCAAGUAGCUCUGAGCCCAACAAACCACACUUGCACCAAAUGGACACAUUCGAAUCAGCGACCUCAGCGAUGGGCAGCCAUAGAUACACUUACAGGGGUGGGCCAUUUGGACGGCCACCCCCUGGUGCAUUAGUUGGGGUGAAAUACUCAUCAUCUCUGUCCUUGGGUCCUGAGAUCCACCCUCCAGACCAGCACAGUCCACCUGCCACAUCUCCAAUUACAGAAAUCCCAGAUCAGGUCACACCACCACUGAUCCAGCCUGCAGAGAAGGACAAAGAGAGUGAAACUGAGGAAGAAAGAAUGGAAACCAAUGCAAAAGAGGAAGGAAUAGAAGAAGAAAGGGAGAAAACUGAUGUGCAGAAGAUGGAUGAACAAAUGGAGGUCAAAGUAGCUGAAUCAGCUAAAGACCCAACCUGCACUUCACUGGAGGAGAAGGAACCUGUAAUGUCUCACGCCACUCUGCAGGAUAAACUAGUACAAAGCUGCGAGCUUCUGCUCAAUCAAAACUCCAGCCCUCUGUCAAAGGCUAUGAAAGUCAGCGGGUCCACGUCUACUGAGAGAGAAAAGGAGCAAGACAGAGCCAGACAGAAAGAUCAAGUGAGGUCUCCAAGAAAAGCUGGUCGGAAAGUAAAAGGAGAAGAUCCCGAAAAGAGUAAUGGAGAAGAGAAUAAAAAGGAAAAAGUGAAGGUUGAGACUAAGACAAAGGAUUCAUCUUCUGAAGGUUUAAAUGAGCACUUGGUGGAAAUCAAGAACAAACAGGUUGCCCCAGAAAACCAAAAAAUUGACUUGAAAGAUGGAGAAACAGAAUCUAAAGAAGUCAAGAGAGAAAAAGAGACAGACAUUAAAAACGAGACCAUGAAAGAAGACACACUAAAGGCUGAUACAUCCACAGCAUCAUCUACAUCUGCCACAACCAACACGCAAACCCCUGUUACUGUGACACCCUCCAGCAGACCUCCGCUGCUGGCCCGGGUCAAUCUCCUUAAUCUGCAGGAGUUGUCUAAAAUUCCCUUGAAAGAACUGAGGAUCUGUUUGGUCAGGGUUGAGAGUGGAGGUUGGCAGACUUGCAUUGCAUCAGAGAUUGAGCAGAAGACCAUGCCACUCAAUGCCAUCAACAUCAAAAAUAGCGCAGCUGAGGUCAUACAAGCCUGCAAAGGGGCAAACAUCAAGAGCAAGUUUCGGGAGUCAUACCUGCUUCCAGCGUUUUCAGUGAAACUUAUCCUGUCCACCGAGACUCCUAUUCCCAGAGAGAAACUCAACCCUCCAACACCGAGCAUUUAUCUAGAGAGUAAAAGAGAUGCCUUUUCUCCGGUGCUGCUGCAGUUCUGCACAGACCCUAAAAAUGCUGUUACUGUCAUCAGAGGACUGGCUGGAUCCCUCCGUCUCAAUCUGGGUCUGUUCUCCACUAAAUCCCUGGUUGAGGCCAACUCAGAGCAUGCGGUGGAAGUGAGGACUCAGGUGCAGCAGCCAGCAGACGAGAACUGGAACCAUUUAGGAUCCGCCCAGACCUGGCCCUGCGAAAGCAGCAGAUCUCACACUACCAUCGCUAAAUACGCACAGUACCAAGCAUCCAGUUUCCAGGAGAGCUUACAGGAAGAGAAAGACAGUGAAGAUGAGGAUGAAGAAGACAAAUCGGAGGAAAAAACUGUGAAAAAAUCCAGCUCCCAAGGAAACACUGAGACUGCCACCACAUCCAGCUCGGAGCAGAAAACCAUUGGAAAAAUCAUUAAAUUUGGAACCAACAUUGACUUGUCAGACCCAAAACGGUGGAAGCUGCAGCUGCAGGAGCUGUUGAAGUUGCCUGCGUUCAUGCGUGUGUCCUCCAGCACGAACAUGCUGAGUCACGUUGGCCAAACUAUACUGGGCAUGAACACAGUCCAGCUUUAUAUGAAGGUCCCUGGCAGCCGCACACCAGGACAUCAGGAAAAUAAUAACUUCUGUUCAGUGAACAUCAAUAUUGGCCCUGGAGACUGUGAGUGGUUUGCCGUCCAUGAACACUACUGGAAAGCCAUCAGUGACUUAUGCGAAAAGCAUACUGUGGACUAUCUGACAGGCUCGUGGUGGCCAGUUCUGGAGGAUCUGUACCGUUCAAACAUCCCAGUGUACCGCUUCAUUCAGAGACCCGGUGACCUGGUGUGGAUCAACGCUGGCACUGUGCACUGGGUCCAGGCCGUGGGCUGGUGCAACAACAUUGCCUGGAACGUGGGCCCUUUAAAUGCCUAUCAAUACCAGCUGGCUCUUGAACGCUUUGAAUGGAACGAGAUCAAGAAAGUAAAAUCAAUCGUCCCCAUGAUUCACGUGUCCUGGAACGUCGCCCGCACAGUCAAGAUCACAGACCCAAACACAUUCAAGAUGAUCAAACAUUGUCUGCUCCAGUCCAUCAAACAAAUUCAGAUUUUGAGGGACCAGCUGGUGUCUGCAGGGAAGAAGAUCUCCUAUCAGAGCAGGGUGAAGGAUGAGCCAGCGUACUACUGCAACGAGUGCGACGUGGAGGUGUUUAACCUGCUGUUUGUGACCAGUGAGAACAGCAGUAGGAAGACGUAUGUGGUUCACUGUGAGGACUGCGCUCGGGAGCAGAUCCCCAGUCUGAGCGGGAUGGUGGUGCUGGAGCAGUACCGCAUCAGUGAGCUCAUGAACACAUAUGAUAACUUCACCCUGGCUCCAGUCCCGUGCUGUAGGUGAACCUGAUGUCUGAAACUACACAGCCAUAACCAAAUCUUCCACCCUCCUGGCCCAUAGCAGCGGCACAAACCUUAAGUUCUUCUUUUUUUUUUUCUUUUUCUUUACCAAAACCACUACUUCAACUUA